AUGCCUGCUUCUUCUCAACAGAGGGUUACGGUUUUCUUCUUCCAAGAGUUGACGGAUAGCUCGCAGCUGCGGAUCUUUGAAGACUUCCGCAAUGCAAUUCAAAAGAACUGGGGUCAUCUUUUCUCAGAAGACGGGCAGUGGUGGGGGCGAGAAGUUGGGAAGCAUGAACGCGUGUGGGAGAUUGUCUUUUGGAAGGACGAGCACUGCUGGGAUGCUGUCCUUGCCGACCCGUCGUUUGCCGAGUUCGAAAAGACGUUCUUCAAAGAAGUUGCCCUACCAGACUGUACAGUCAACAACGUUCCGGUAUACAGCCCUGCGAAACCCUUUCCAGAGAUUCUCGGGGCAGGAGUGAACUUUGCCGCCUACUGUCGACUUGAGCCCGAUCAGAUCGCGGAAUGGAUUGACAUCACCGAACGGCUUCUGGAUCAACUGGAUUAUCCUGGCUGGCACGGAGGCGCCUAUCUGUCUCCCGUUGAGACUGGGGGUGAAGCGCUCUCUUUCGGUGCUUGGGAUAGCGUGAUGGCUAGCCAGCAGCUGUUUGCUGAUGGACGUUAUCCCGAGCUGAUGGAUGCCACGAACGAGAUCUUCGAUAAAGCAACACGCACAUUCAACUCUCAUGUGAAAUUCCAGAAGCAUGUCUCAUCCUGA